UUAUUUUAAAUAUUUUAUAUGAUCAGAAAAAUAUAUGUAAUUUAUUUCCUUAGGAACCGAUCACAUCUAUAUUUUAAGAGAAUUAAUGAUCUAAUCAUUACUCAUGCCACCUUUAAUCCAAGAUAAGGAUUGUCCGUUGUAAGCUCGAGCAUUCUCAACAAUUUGUAGCACUAUUAAUUUUAUGAUGACCCAAUGUCAUACCCCCACCCCACAUCAAGGCGGCCGUAAAAAAAUCCCACGAACUGCCAGAUGCUGAACCGGCAACUUCAGCCGACCAAGUCGAUGGAUCGAUGGAGAGCUGGAGCUGGAACUGUAGCUGGAGCUGGCGAACUGGGGCCUCCACUCGAUCCAAGCCCCCUCUCCACGCACGAGUGUCCUCGAGACGAGACGGCGUGGCUGCGGCUGCGGCUGAAAUCACCCAUCCAAUAUGGUCAAAUGUGGCACGCAGCGGCAUUCGUGGCACGAUAAAGAUAAUUAUGAAGCUCGCCUAAAUAUUUCGACCAGAGGGGAUUGCUUGGUGUUUGCUUAUUUGGCAAUCGUUCAUUAUGCAAUUUGAAGAGAAUUUCCCAGCCCCACGCCGAGAAUUGUUUCGAGAAUACUCAAACAUAGCAGCGAAAACAAUUAGACGGCAUUCUCCGUUGGAUAAUUAAGUUGUUAGUGGCAAGGCUGCGUGUUUUCGAGGGGCGUGUCACCUGCUGCUGUGCCCAAAUUGGCCAGCUAAUCAGCGAUUUCAAUUAGCGUGCGCUUUCCAAAUUCGAGCCACAAUUGCACCCCCAGUGGUAAGGCCGCCUUUCCUGCGACUCCUUAGCCGGCAAGUGGUCUGCCUUCGGAUCGCAGCUCCCAGCACCCAGCUUCCAACUCCCAGCUCCAGUUCAGGUUGCGUCAUCCGCGUUUUGGGGGCUCUCCGAUCCGAGUUGCGUCUACGAGAAUUGCAGUUUCACUGCAGCCGAGAUACUUCACAAAUUGGUGCUGCUUGGCCCGCUUUGUUGACUGCUGCUGUCUGCUGACUGUUUGUCCGUCCGAGGCUCAGAUCGAAAUCUAGUCAAGAUCUGUCCGCUCGGUCAGCUGUCCACCUGUCCUCCGGUCCGCAGUCCGCAGUCCGCAGCUCGCAGUCCGCUCGAGAGUGCAAGUGCGAGUGCGAGUGCGUGGUCUGCCAUCGAGGGGUAUAAAAGUAACGCAAUGCACACAGUCCACUUAUAGUUGCAAUUCUUCCUCCAAGCCAAGUGAUUCGUUAUCCAGCGCUAGCAUGAAACUUCUGAUCCUCACCUCUCUGCUGGCUGUGGCCACUGCUGCUCCUGGACUCCUCGACUACGGACACUCGGCUCCGGACUACAGCUACGCCCAUGCCGCUCCUGCCAUCACAUAUGCAGCUGCAGCACCAGUCAUUAAGUCCUACGCUGCUCCUGCCAUCACCUAUGCGGCUCCAGCUCCAUUGAUCAAGUCCUAUGCCGCUCCAGCCAUCAGCUACGCCCAUGCUGCUCCUGCCAUCAGCUACGCCGCUCCCACGGUGGUCAAGUCCUAUGCUGCUCCUGUGGCAGUCAAGGUGGCAGCUCCGGCCACCAGCUACUCGCACUUCAGCUCGGUUGUUUCCCACGCCACGCCCAUUGUGAAGUCGUACGCUGCGCCUGCCAUCACUUAUGCUGCUUCAGCUCCGGUGAUCAAGUCCUAUGCCGCCCCAGCAAUUAGCUACGCCCAUGCCGCUCCAGCCAUCAGCUACGCUGCUCCCACGGUGGUCAAGUCCUAUGCGGCUCCAGCCAUCAGCUAUGCAGCUCCUGCUCUGGUGAAGUCCUACGCUGCACCGGCCCUGUCCCUGGGUGGAUAUGGAUAUCACUAAGCUCCGAUACCAAAACACUCCAAAUCCAAAUCGAUCCCAGUUCGGAGUUGGAGCAUUGGAAGCAGUUAACUGCG